AUGGAGUCAUCUAAACUCACUGGAGGCACAGAAGAAUGCAGCAACGAGUCGGGAUGGACAAUGUAUAUCGCUUCUCCUAUUCAUCAAUAUAAUCAAGAAGACUACGAUAAUGGUGAUGAAAGAAAUUCGAGGAAGAGAGAUAAGUAUCUUUACAAUGAUAAUGACGAUGAUGACAAUGAAGAUGGCGAGAGUGAUGACUCCUUAGUUUCGGAUGCCACGUCUGGUCCAGGUCAUCAAGAAGUAUGCACAAGCAUCGAUAGAAGUCAUGGGAAGCUUCAAUUUAAGCAUGCAGAAAAUGAAACAACGAAGCUUUCAAACAAGGAACACCACGGACAGGUGAAGAAGAAACUGUAUGAUAUAAAUAUAAAAGCAGCAAAAGAAGAUUCAGGACACAAAGCAAAAAGCAGAAUAGGUUAUGCGUGUAGCAGAUCAACAUCUAGGAGAAAAUAUUAG